AUGUUGAGCACUUUACCGGGCAUCCAGGGGUUUCUGUCGUGGGGAAAAACCUGUGUGGCUCGCAUCCUUGCCACGGGGCCGGUGCCUCGGCAUGUGGCCUUUGUCAUGGAUGGCAACCGACGAUAUGCGCGAGAACGACAGCUGGAAACUCGUGAGGGCCACUCCAAGGGCUUCGAGUCACUCGCCCAGAUUCUCGAGCUGUGUUAUGAUGCGGGCGUGGAAGACGUGACUGUUUUUGCAUUUUCGAUCGAGAACUUCAAACGGACUCCUCGAGAGGUGGAAUCGCUGAUGGAGAUUGCCAAGGAGCGGCUCACACAGAUCUGCGAAAGUGGCGAGCUGGCAGAGCAGUACGGGAUCCGAAUCCGGGUGCUGGGCAACCGAUCCUUGUUGAGAAAGGAUGUUGCGGAGCUCUUUGACAAGGCACAGACCAUGACCAAGGGACACACUCGAGCCACCCUCAACAUCUGUUUCCCUUACACGUCGCGAGACGAUAUCGCCCAUGGCAUCCGCGGGGUCGUCAGAGACGCUGAGAAGGGAGAAAUCGAGCCUGCAGACAUCACCGAGCAGACUCUGGCAUCUCACAUGUACACGGGCAACUCUCCUCCUUUGGACAUUCUCAUUCGAACGUCCGGGGUGUGUCGAUUCUCCGACUUUAUGCUGUGGGAGAGUCAUCAGGGCGCUCAUAUCGAGUUUGUGGACACGCUGUGGCCCGACUUUGGUGUGUGGAGAAUGCUGGCGAUUUUGUUGAAGUGGAGUUGGAGAAAAGCAUACCUGGCUGACCAGGCCGAACAGGGAAAUUACUAG